AUUUAUCAUUACAUACGAUUCAAAACGAUUUAUUACAGGAACAAGACAUUUACUUGAAAAAUAAAAGUUCUUUGCAGACAAAUGACGUUGUUUUUAUUUUAUUAGAUAACCAAAAGCAUAAUUUUGGAACUAGUUGUAUAGAUGAAUCAAAUGAUGCUCUAUAA